AUGACACCACGUGUCUGCAGUAUCCGCAGCACCACUUUCUUCUCUGCUUCUCACAUUCGUCCCACCAGCGCCUUGGCUCCCCUCUUUCUCCCCCCACUGCCUGUGUCAGGCCCGUUGCCUCAGCCUCUCCUCCGCACGCCUCGCACUAGCAGCAUUAGCUCCUCUUUUGCGCGCCUCCCCUACACUACUGCCCCUGGGAGACGACUCGAGGGCAGCAUGGGCAGGAGAAUGGGAGGGAGGGGAGAGGGAAGAGGGGGGGGAGAGGGAAGAGGGGGGGGAGAAGGUGGGGGAGAAGGGGCGGGAGGGAGCAUGAGCGGCAGUUUGAUCAAUACAGACAUGCGCGCAGGCACAAGGCCGAAGGAGGGGGGGGGGGGGAGAAGGGGACAGGGGCACCCAGGCAUGGAGGAAUUGUGGCGGCCAGCAACAAGAACAGGCAGCAUAGGCAGCACGGGAAGCACGGGAAGCAGAGGCAGCAUGAUUGGGAGGAGCGCGAGCAUGGAGGAGGGGCGAGCACGGCUGCUGGCAGCUGAUGCAGCACUCACGGAUGCCAUUCUCACGGGCGUGAUCAUGCCCACACCCACCUCCUCUUCCCUGGGCUUCCCCCAGUGCGCGCAGCAUGGCAGCACCGCGACUGCCCAUAAUGGCGGUGGUGGUGGCAUGGUGGGCAGCAGCGUGGAUUGCACUCACAGCAUCAGUGUAGUGUGGCGAUCGGGCGGCGCAGCCUUGACAGCAGCAGCAGCAGCGUGUGCUGCAGAGACAGGGCAGCGUGGCACUCAAUCGACAAGUUCUACUCUCCUUCCUCCUCUUCUACUCUCCUUCCUCCUCUUCUACUCUCCUUGCUCCUCUUCUACUCUCCUUGCUCCUCUUCUACUCUCCUUGCUCCUCUUCUACUCUCCUUGCUCCUCUUCUACUCUCCUUGCUCCUCUUCUACUCUCCUUGCUCCUCUUCUACUCUCCUUGCUCCUCUUCUACUCUCCUUGCUGCUCUUUUACUCUCCUUGCUCCUCUUCUACUCUCCUUGCUCCUCUUCUACUCUCCUUGCUCCUCUUCUACUCUCCUUGCUCCUCUUCUACUCUCCUUGCUCCUAUUCUACUGUCGUUUCUCCUCUUCUACUCUCCUUGCUCCUCUUCUACUCUCCUUGCUCCUCUUCUACUCUCAUUGCUCCUCUUCUACUCUCAUUGCUCCACUUCUACUCUCAUUGCUCCUCUUCUACUCUCAUUGCUCCUCUUCUACUCUCAUUGCUCCUCUUCUACUCUCCUUACUCCUCUUCUAAUCUCCUUGCUCCUCCAGGGCUUUCUCUUGUGUGUGAGAGCCGCAUGCCAGCAGUAGCAGACCGCGUGGUGCUGCGCAAGCUGGCCCAGGACAUCCACAAUGCCCACUUUUUCUCUGCACCCAUCUCCCCACCACCCUCCCUCACCCCUCUUCCCCAACCCUCUCCCCCACCCCUCUCCCUCACCCCUCUCCCCCAACCCUCUCCCCCACACCUAUCCCCCAUCUCUCUCCCCCACCCGCUUGCCCCAACGGCCUCUACCCACCCGUCUCCCCUGCCCUGCUUUCCCGCACCUCUCCCCCACUCUCCACACGCCCCACCCUCACCCCUCUCCGCCACGCCUCUCUCCCAACACUUCCCUAAACCUCUUUCCCAAUCCUUUCCCCCAAACCUCUCGCCCAACCCGCUCCCCAACCCCUUUUCCCCACGCCUCCCGCCUGUGCCUCCCCUCCACGCUUCCUUCCAACACCUCCCCCUCUCACGCCUUGGCCACACGCCUCUCCCCCACUGUCUUCCUCCCCCAUGCCCUGAUCCUGCUGGGAGGAGCCAGCUGGCGAGGAGGCAGUGGGAUCUAGUGGCCUCACCCCAUCCGCACCUUCCCACCUCUUCUAGCACAUCGUGGCAGGGGGCCACCAUGCCAAAGCAUGCACCUCUCCUCACUCCCCAGAAACUCACCACCCAUCCUCAUACAUGCACCACCCUUUCCCACCUCUUCCAGCACAGCAUGGCAGGGCGCUAUGGGGUAAAGCUCUCCCCGCCCUACCUCCUCCCCGUCCCCCUGGACUGCCACGGCCCUGCCACUCGUUUCCAGUCUCUCAUGCUCCCCUGCGUGCAUUGUGAGAAUAAGGGGGGAGUGGGCUGGAGACAAGGCAGUGCUGGUGAGAUGGCGGAUAAGGGAGCGUGUGUGGGGGGGUAUAGUAUAAUGGUGGGAGGAAAGGGGGGCGAGAGAAAGGGAGGGGGGUAA